AUGUAUACUGGGCUGGAGGACCCAGUAACUCAUGUUCAUCACUUUGAACUACAGAUUGAUUUACAGGGAGUUAGGGAUGAUGCCAGGUGCAGGAUCUUCCCAGCCACCCUGUCAAAAAUUUCCCAACAAUGGUUUUUUAAGUUACCACCAAGAUCGAUUACAUCAUGGGAUGGAUUUGUACGCACGUUCUAUUCCCAAUUCUCCUCAGCAAUGCCCCUUCCCGCUGAGCCGAAUGACCUGGUGGACAUAAAACAGAAAGAUAAUUAUCCUUUGAAGGAGUACAUUCAACGUUUUAUGCGGGAAGCCACCAAGGUGAAAACCCUUAGUGAUGACGAUAAAUUAAUAGCCAUCAAUUCAGGAAUUAAGGCAAAGAGUCUGUUCUGGAGCAGCUUGAAAAGGAAGGUUGCACGUACCACCCAGGAGUUCCUUGAUCAGACAAAGGAAUUCAUCAAGCUAAAGGAGGCUAAGCGGAAGGUGGAUAAACCAACUCAGUCGGUUACCGAGCAGUGGAAAAUAGAUGUUGGAAAUACCUCCAUUCCUGCAGAAGGAGCAAAGAAUGGAGCUAAGAAUGGAAAACACAAUAAUGAGAAUGGAAAUAGCGGUAACCUGAACGACAACAAGAAGCCUAAGACCGCUGAGCAAUCCAAACCAUGGGAAUAUGUUCCCAAUUUUACUACUUGCUCCAUCCUGCUAGAAACCCGGCGGACGUUUUUAAUGCUACACAGACUAUCGUACCAUACAGAAGACCUCCACCGAUGA